UUAUUAUUUGUUUACACUUUUUUCAUUUGAAGCACGAAUUAAGAUAUUAUAUCUUAAAUCGUGAUUUGAAGAAAUUCAAUAUCUAUUCUAUAUUAAUUUAUAAUUAAUUAUUCAAUUUAUAAUAUUUUCAAUUAUACAUAGGUUAUGAAUAUUUUUGUGAUGUAACUAUUACUUGAUUUUCCAACAAAAGAUGGACACUAGUCGCAAUACAGUUGCAGCCAUAUUAGAAGAAGUGAGAGAUGAUGUGCACAGUUCAACAAGUCCUUUAUCGCAACCAGUCCGUCCAACCAGCACUAAUGAUGCUAAUAAAAUUGUCAUUUAUGUUCAAGACAAAAAUCGUUUUGUGAAGACUGAACAUGCUGAUUUCUUUAAUCAUGUAAAUGAUCAUCCACCUUCAGAGAACUACAAUAAUUUACGUCCAAUAGCAGCAAGAGUUCAAAGGGUAUUUGCAUCUUUGGGCACUGUCAGUCAAGGUCUACUAGCAGGAGUAGCUUUAGCACAAUUAUUCUUGGGUGAAGCAUCCCAACGAUCACCAUUAAUAUUGAUGUCAUUUUUCUUAUUGUCGACUAUAUGUAUGUGCACAGUUCUGGAUAUUUUUGACUUGUACAGAUGUGAGAGCUUCAAACCAAAAUAUAUUUUAGUAUUAUUCUUAAGUGUAUUAACAGCUUUAGCUGCAUUUGCAUGUACUACAUAUGAUACAGCUAUUAUGUCUGGUAGCAAAGUGGAAGCCAAAGUUUCGGAGACUUGGCGAGCAUUAAACUGCUGUCGAUGUUAUGGUGCUGUUCUUGGAUGGAUUAUUAUUAUUAUUAUGAAACCUAAAGAUCAAUUAGCAGAAUAUUUAAAUAUUGAUUAGUUUUUAAUUUAAAAAAAUAUUUUUUUGUUAAUUUUUAUUGAAAAAAAAAAUCUUAGUAUGAAAUUUCACUAAACAUAUUCACUAUUUUACAUUUAGGUAAUACUAACUGUGUUAGGAGAAGACUAAUGGUAGAAAUUCACAAAUGUGUAAAUCAAAUUCUCCAGUUUAUGUUGACAAGUUUCCAGAUAGAUCUAUUUACUCUGGGGCGUCAUAGUUUGGUAAAUGUAUGAAGUUGCAUGGCCUACAUCUAUAUGACCUCUACAUUUAUAAACUACAACAAUUCAUGUUGGAAUAUUUUUUGAUGCAAUUUCAUAUCAACUUUUUUGCAGUGUUUAAUAAAAUAAUAACUAUGCUUAAAAUAUUGUUAACAGUAGGUACCAAUAAAAUAAGCUUUGGUACUCCAAACCUCUGUUGUAUAAGAAACAGUAUUAUAACACAGUGGAUUAAUCACCUUUUAUGUUUCAUUUAAAAUGCUAAAUUAUUUUAUAUCAUUGUAUAAAGCCAAACCACAAUUAAAUUAUAUAUAACAAAAACCUUUAUUUUAUACACCAACAGAACUAGUUUAACCAAUAUUGUUAUUGUAUUUGAAUAAACUUCUAUACAAAAUCUUCAUAUAAAUAAACCAUUUUAAAAUUGUAUGCACAGUAACAUCAAGACAACUGGGACCACUGCUUGCACCACCAACCUAAGCCCCCCCCUCCCUGAUAAAAAAAACAUUUAUAAUGCACAUUUUUUUUGAUGGAUGCCAAAUUAUUAUUAAUAUUAUUUUUCUAACUAAAUGUAUAAUCAAAAUCAUAAUCAAAAUUAUUUUUAAAAAUAAUUGUUAUUAUUCAAUGUAAUGUAAUAAAAAUAAACUUAAUGUACAAAUAUUUAUGUGCCUUAUGUAUAGAGUUAUGUAUAUUGUUCCUGAAUCAAUCAAAAAUCAGGAAUUUUAUUUUUGUUAAAAUUAUAAAAUAAUUUUUCAAUAUUUGUAAUAAAUUGUAUGUAUACUUACUAGUAACUACGAAAAUAUUAUGUUCGUGUUAAUUUGUAUUUGUCAUUAUAUGGACAAAAUAAAUAUUAUAAUUACAUAAUUUA